AUGGCAGUAGCAGAAAUAUGGGUCUUUCUAAUUUUCUUUACUCAGAUCUCAGAGUGUGGCGAGGCUCCUCUGAACACUCGGAUAGUUGGAGGAGAGAAUGCGGUGCCAGGGUCCUGGCCGUGGCAGGUCAGUGUGCACCUUAACGGAGCCCACAUCUGCGGCGCCACGGUCAUCAGCACAGACUGGGUCCUGACCGCAGCCCACUGCAUCCUAUCACCCUCUGCCAGCGCCUACACGCUGUACUUUGGGAAACAGACUCAGAGCGGCUCUAACCCUCACGAGGAGACGCGGCCUGUGUCUCAGAUCAUCGUUCACGCCGACUACAACAGCACGACCUUCAACAACGACAUCGCUCUGAUGAAGCUCAGCAGCUCCAUCUCCUACAGCGACUACAUCAAACCCGUGUGUCUGGCCUCCAGCUCCAGCCUCUUCCACAACAGCACCUCCUGCUGGGGCACGGGCUGGGGCCGCCUCUCCAAAGACGAACCGUUGGUCGCCCAUGACGUCCUGCAGGAGGUGCAGAUCCCUGUGAUCGGGAACCAGAUGUGCUCUUGUUCCUAUCUCAAAGUUGAAAAUGCAAGCAUCACGUCUAACAUGUUGUGUGCUGGAGAACUGGGGAAAGGAAUCUGCCAGGGCGACUCCGGUGGGCCUGUGCAGUGCAAACAAGGGACCAAGUGGAUCCAGGCCGGGAUCUCCAGUUUUGGGAUCCCCUGUGCCAUUGGUUUCCCAGAGGUCUUUGCCAGAGUCUCGGCGUAUCAGGUGUGGAUCACAGGUCAAGUGUCCGGAGCAAGCAUUUCGUUCGUGGAGUUUACUUCCAGUGGCACUGAUCCCGACAGCAGCUUUAGGUGUCUAAACUCCACAGCUGCUCCCAACGCCGCCGCCUCCACAGACCUGCCCUUCUGCACCGUCCUGCUCAUGGUUUUACUGCAGCCUCUUUUGGCCUGA